AAAAAAGGUGAAGAAAAAGAAAAUGACGGAAGCCGCAGUGGAGCAGCAGGCGGCAGCAGCAGCAGCAGCAGCAGCAGCUACAGCUACCCGGCUAAUCACCAGCAAUGACCGGACCUGAACUUUAGCGAGUAGCUCACAACUUUACAGAGAGUAAAAAGAAACUCAAGUGCGGCGGCAGCAGCUUCCUCACAGUCGCGCUCAGUCGGGGAAACAAGGAAGUGAACAGCUGACUGACUUCCAGAAGGGUUUCCGCCGGGUAAGGAAAACAGUGCACAGAUGUUGACCCUGGGGAUUCCUGUGUGAAGACACAUCUCUGGACUGGAACAUGUUACCGCUCAGAGCCAGAGCUCCUCUGUCCUGACACAGGGAGUUUUACAACCUGGAUCUUUACUAAUCUACCUCAACCCACGUGGCGUCCACUCCCUACCUACUGUUCUACCUCAUAGGAAAUCUAGCACUCUUUUUCUACCUCAGCUCUUACUUGCACGCCUGCAGACGCACAUAGCUCUUAUCAGCAGGCCCUUCACUUUAUCACAAGGCUUUCAGGUGUGAGUUUACUGGGUUUCUUCCUGCUCAGCUGAUUGAGGAUUGAGGAGUCACCAAGCAGCCAUGUUACAGAGGUGUUUGUGAUGACCGAGCCCUGCAACGGACCAGGAGCAGGGGAAGGACAGGGGCGGGAUCAAAGAGACGUUCCUCGGUUUGUGCUUGGCUGCGAAGAUGACGAACAGGAUAUGGACCAAAUGGAGACAGGCAUGAAGAGUGAGAUGUAUCGAGAGGAAGAAAUGGAGGAUAAUGAAGAUGAGUCGCCACCAGAGCGACAGAUUGUGGUCGGCAUCUGUGCCAUGAUGAAGAAGUCCAAAUCAAAGCCCAUGACUCAGAUCCUGGAGCGCCUUUGUAAAUUUGACUACAUCAACGUAGUCAUCUUUCCUGAGGAGGUGAUCCUGGAGGAACCUGUGGAGAAAUGGCCCCUCUGCGACUGCCUUAUCUCUUUCCACUCUAAAGGUUUCCCUCUGGACAAAGCUGUGGAAUAUGCCAAACUCAGGAAUCCACUACUCAUUAAUGACCUCAACAUGCAGUAUUUCAUACAGGACAGGAGGGAAGUGUACCGGAUCCUACAGGAAGAGGGCAUUGACCUACCUCGUUAUGCUGUGUUAAACCGAGACCCUGACAAUCCUGAGGAGUGCAACCUGGUGGAAGGGGAGGACCAUGUAGAGGUGAAUGGUGAGGUGUUCCCCAAACCCUUUGUGGAGAAACCUGUGUGUGCCGAGGACCACAAUGUCUACAUAUAUUACCCCACAUCUGCCGGAGGGGGCAGCCAGAGACUCUUCAGAAAGAUAGGGAGUCGGAGCAGUGUGUACUCUCCAGAGAGCAGUGUACGAAAGACUGGAUCCUACAUAUAUGAGGAGUUCAUGCCCACAGAUGGUACUGAUGUGAAGGUUUACACUGUGGGUCCAGACUACGCCCAUGCAGAGGCCAGGAAAUCCCCUGCCCUGGAUGGAAAAGUAGAGCGUGACAGUGAGGGAAAGGAGAUCCGCUACCCAGUCAUGCUGACCUCCAUGGAGAAACUAGUGGCCCGCAAAGUCUGCCUGGCCUUCAAGCAAACAGUAUGUGGGUUCGACCUGCUCAGAGCCAACGGCCACUCCUUCGUCUGUGAUGUCAACGGCUUCAGCUUUGUCAAAAACUCCAUGAAGUACUAUGACGACUGUGCCAAAGUCCUCGGGAACAUGGUGAUGAGGGAGUUAGCCCCCCAGUUUCACAUCCCCUGGUCCAUUCCCAUGGAAGCUGAAGACAUCCCCAUUGUCCCAACAACCUCAGGAACCAUGAUGGAGCUACGCUGUGUUAUUGCCAUCAUCCGCCACGGAGAUCGCACACCAAAGCAAAAGAUGAAAAUGGAGGUUCGACAUCCUCUGUUCUUUGAGUUGUUUGAUAAGUAUGGAGGCUACAAGUCAGGAAAGCUAAAGCUGAAGAAGCCAAAACAGCUUCAGGAAGUGCUGGAUAUUGCCCGCCUGCUGCUGGUUGAACUGGGCCAGCACACUGACUGUGAGAUAGAGGAGAAGAAAUCUAAACUGGAGCAACUCAAGACCGUCCUGGAGAUGUACGGUCAUUUCUCAGGUAUUAACCGCAAAGUGCAGCUGACGUAUCUGCGUAACGGCCAACCGAAAGCCUCAAGCGAAGAAGAAGACUCUAAGAAGGACGGUCCAUCUCUGCUGCUUGUGCUGAAGUGGGGCGGAGAGCUGACGCCUGCUGGACGGGUUCAGGCUGAGGAGCUGGGCAGAGCAUUUCGCUGCAUGUACCCUGGAGGUCAAGGUGACUAUGCUGGGUUUCCAGGCUGUGGCCUCCUGCGCCUGCAUAGCACUUAUCGCCACGACCUGAAGAUCUACGCCUCUGACGAAGGCAGGGUACAGAUGACAGCCGCUGCUUUUGCGAAGGGUCUGCUGGCUCUAGAGGGGGAGUUGACACCAAUCUUGGUUCAGAUGGUGAAGAGUGCCAACAUGAACGGACUGCUGGACAGCGACAGCGACUCUCUGACCGACUGCCAACAGAAGGUGAAGGCAAGGCUGCAUGAAAUAAUGCAGAAGGACCAGGAAUUAACACAGGACGACUAUCAGAAGCUGGCACCAACUGGCAGCCCAUCGUUGGUGAACUCAAUGAAGGUAAUUGAGAAUCCAGUGAAAACCUGCGACAAGGUGUAUGCCCUUAUCCAGAGUCUCACCUCACAGAUCCGCAAGAGACUGGAAGACCCCAAGUCUGCAGACCUGCAGCUUUACCACAGCGAGACGCUGGAGCUGAUGUUGCAGCGCUGGUCCAAACUGGAGAGAGACUUUCGCACGAAGAAUGGCCGCUAUGACAUCAGCAAGAUCCCGGACAUCUAUGACUGCAUCAAAUACGACUCUCAGCACAAUGCUUCGCUUGGACUGGAGGACACGCUGGAGCUGUUCAGACUGUCCCGCGCCCUGGCUGAUAUAGUCAUACCCCAGGAGUAUGGAAUCAGCAAAGCAGAGAAACUGGACAUCGCUCAGGCCUACUGUGUCCCUUUGAUGAAGAAAAUCCAGCUAGACCUGCAGAGGACCCAUGAGGACGAAGCCGUCAACAAGCUGCACCCCCUGUAUUCUCGCGGUGUGAUGUCUCCUGGUCGUCACGUCCGCACGCGUCUGUACUUCACCAGCGAGAGCCACGUCCACUCUCUGCUCAGCAUCUUCCGCUACGGGGGACUGCUGGAUGAGGAGAAGGACUGGCAGUGGAAACAGGCAAUGGAUUACCUGAGUGCUGUGUCAGAACUCAACUACAUGACACAGAUAGUCAUUAUGCUGUAUGAAGACAAUGAUAAGGAGCCGUCAUCUGAGGAACGUUUCCAUGUUGAGCUUCACUUUAGUCCAGGAGUCAAAGGGUGUGAAGAUGAGGAGAACGUACCUCUUGGCUAUGGCUUCCGCCCAGCCUCCUCUGAGAAUCAAGACAAAAAGCCCAAUCAAGGCAGUCUGGAGGACCUCUCUCAGGACCAGGUAGACCAGGCACUUCCUGUCUCUGAACCCAUCAACAUCCAGCGAAGGUCCCCUAUGAUCCGCAACCGCAAGACCGGCUCCAUGGAGGUCCUCUCUGAGACCUCUCCCACCCAGUCCUCCAAAGGCAGCACAUCUCACCGACUCUUCCCCUCGUGUUCACGCCAGUCUCCUGAGAUCAAACCAGCCAGUGGCCUAGGCUCGCUCUGCUCUGGCCUCUUCAGUGCCUCUGCCCUCGGGGUGUCCUGUAGCGCCCCCAACCUGCGGGACUACGUCCGUACGCACCACCACCACCACCGAAAACCACCUCUGUCCCCCGGCAGUCUGCCGAUUGGCGUGUUUGAGCUGUUCUCUAUGCCGGCAGUAAAGAGAUUUUCUGUGUCGUUUGCCAGGCAUCCGACUAAUGAGCCCUCAGACAGGCUACAUGUAGUCCCGCUGCUGGGGGGGCGUCCCGCUGAGCUGGCCCUUCAGGGGGUUGCCCCUCUGGCUGUAGACGGGGCCACGGCCCAUCACCUCCGCCACUGUCCCUACCACCUCCGCCUCCUCAAGAGCUGUCUGCUGUCUGAUCAGGAGCUCCCAGAAUCCCUCCACGGGUUUGAAGGCUGCUCCAUGGUGCCCUCUAUCUACCCGCUGGAGACGCUGCACAACUCGCUCUCACUGAAGCAGGUGGACGAGUUCCUCAACAACGUGUGUGAGAGCAGCAGUGAGGCCCACGCCAAAACAAUGAAAGCACUCUCCAGCUUGUUCGACUCUCAGAGCCAGACGUCUCUCUACAGCCCUCAGCAGCCUCUGUCCUCCUCUGGGUCGGAAACAUCUCUUCGUCCGCCAAGCCAGCCUCUGUGGCACGGCAGUAUCCCCUCCAGUGCUGUAUCCAGCGCCGGCCCCUCCUCCCCAAUCACAGAGAGCUCCGGCCUGAACUUCAGCUUCAGUGAGUAGACUCUCUGUCUGAAGACAGAAGGACUUCUGGGUGUCUAAGGGCACCAUCGGAUGACUUCUGCUUGUCCCGUACUCCGUUUCAUCUUCUCAUCUGUUAUUCUGCUCACAUUAAAAAAACACUGGAAGAGACUCUGGAGAGACUGUAAAUAAGACUCCUCAAACUGGACUCUUCUGCUUCACCCUGACUACACCUCCACAACUCCUCUGCUCUGUGAAGAGAAAAAACACUGGACGUGAAAAUCUCUCUUGAUCUCCAUCCUCCUCUUCACUUUGUCAACACAUUCAUAAACGCACUGAGUAACAGUGCAUCAAGCCAACAUUCAGACCAGUUGUGCCUUUAGUUUAAUUAGAUGCUGCCUACACUAAAACAACAGCAGUGCCUGCUGGUUUGAUUUUUUUUUGUUUGUUUGUUUGUUUGUUUCUUUUUUUUCUUGCCCAAAUGCUGUUUUUCAAAAUAAAUCACACACCAGCUGUUUCAAUCCUGACCAUAAACAUGUACAACUGAAAUGGAUUAUAAGACUGUGAGUCAUCAUGUCAACCACCAUCGAUUUGCUUAUUUUUCAACACUGUUGUGCCACAGCACUGUGGCUAGUUAAUCACAGCCUGAAACCAAAUGCGUUGUUGUUUGAAAUACAAGUGAACUUGAGUGUUGGGGUGCUUUCACACCUCGUUUGGUCCGUACUACAGGUACAAAAUCUCCCCUGGACCAUGGUGUGGACCCAGCCAUGCUUGGUCUGAGGUGGUCUCAGUCCGUAUCAAACUGAAAUAUGGUUCAGAACCAUUCCAGUGUCCCAGCAUUUUUUUUUAGUUAUCUGACUUUCGGACCAAUUAUAGGAAGUUAUGACAGGCUACCGUCAGCAUCGGGAAAAAAAAACUGUCACUGGCAACGAGAUGAAUCUGUUUUAUUUUUCUCCACAAUGGAAGCUGAAGGUAAGCUACCAAUCGGAUUGUAAGCAUGCUAAUGUUAGACACAUGCCCAUCAACAAACCAGUCAGUGUCAAGUGUCGAGAGACGUUGCCUAAGUAGGUGAUGAUAACAGGAUGUCAGUAUAUAUGUUUAAGGAAUAAUUGCAGUUUGAAACCAAAAAUGUAUACAAUGCAACAAAAACAUGAAAGUUGGUUUGGACCUUGGUUCAGAUGUUCAGGUGUGAAAGCACCCUUAAGGUUGACCACUGUAUCCACAGUAUGUGAUGUCUUUCAGGUUAACAUUGGUUCAAAGUUAGAGCUUAAAGGAAUAGUUUGACUCUUUCCUUCUAACAGUUGAGUUGAGAUGAUGAAUUUUCUCAUAUCUGUUCAUUGAAUAUGAAGCUACAGCUGGCAGGCUGCUAUCUUAGCAUCAAGACUUGAGACAGUGUAAACAUCUAGCCGGAUUCUGUCCAACAGUAAUUAAUCUUCAGCUCUAAUAUUUGUUAUAUUCUAAGUAUAAAAACUUAAGUGAAAAAAACAACACAUUGUGGGAUAAAGAACAUAAUUCUGAGGCCAAUUGAGGCCUUUGAAUAUAAAUACACUUUUAUCAAAUGAGCGGCUGCAGCCCAUAAAAGAGAUUACAAAUGAAUUAUUCUGAAUCUGCAGGAUUAUCUGAGUUUUAAAGUUAUACAUUUGGCUCACGUUUGCAUCUGCUACAUUGAUGUUUUGGUACUUUUUUUACAGGAUUUUAGUUCACUCCAUAGAUCCAUAAUAAUUGAGUCUUGAGUCUCCAUUUUGAAAUUUUAUGAAUAUUUUUAUAAUGUCAAACCCAAGCCAGCUCGAUCAAACAGUAUCAGCCUUUUCAAUGAAAAUCUGCUGUUAAAGUGAAACAAAAUGUAUCUGUCAAUGUGCCUUUAAAUGAUUUAAGAGAGGAAUAUUGUAGACACUGUGGAUAACCUGCUGUAUUUUUACUGCUUUUUCAUUUAACAAAUGAAAUUUGAUUUUGAGAAAGUCUGUGGUAUAGUUUUAUUCUAGAAUUAAAGGGAAGAACCACUUGACUUAGUAAAGAGUAUAAAUAUACUUUUACAUGACAACUUCCUGAUGUCACACCAAAUUAAAUGUGUAUAGUAAUGUUACAUGAAUCAAAUAACUGUUUCUUAUGAUUAAAUGAGUGAUCUGCAGAUGGAAAUGGUUUUUAAUCAACAUGUGACUGAAAAAGGGGUCUAUUCACUUUCAGUUAUUUGAAAAUCAAUGCAUCUGGUCGUGAAUUUACUACUUCAGACUCCAAAGAAAUACUUUAAUUACUUUGACCAAAACUUGUAGAGUUAAAACUCAUAUGUCAUAAAACGGAUCAUAAAACACUGACAUGCAGUUUUAUUACAAUAGAGCACUGUGGUUAUUACACUCAGGCGAUUCAGUCUGCAACACCCUGAGUAUAAACGGGAGAAAUGAAAUGGCUCCCAGCUAAUUUUAAACUGGUUAAACUGAAAAUGGACUGACCCCAGAACCUGGAAACACCUGCUGUAGAACAAAGAUAAAUAUAUGUGUGUAUUUGUCAGUCACAAUGAGAAGAGUUUUAGUUUUAGAUCUGAUUAGGAUUAAUUAUUUUUGUACCUAAAGGUGGGUUGAUGUAGGUAAUGUUAGUGCUGUAUUUAUGUGAUUAUUUAAUGUGCUAUUUAAUGUCAGCCAAAGAGGAAAGUGUGUUUUCCGGGAUGAGUUUGGCUGCUGCAGAACAAAGUCUAGGUUUUUAAAAUGUGUAAAAUAUGUCUGUUGGGCUGUAAUGUAAACAAAGAAGGGGAGGAGCAGGAUAAUAAAAGAAAAUCAAUUAAACAGUGAAAACAU